CUCAGCUCUUUAUUCUUGAAGAAUCAACUCAGCAACUUGAGGAAUCUGCUGGACUCCACCUUGAUUCCCCCUCCCUGCAUCAUGGCCUGGAAACUCUCAAGAUAAAAAUAGAACUUCCAAAGAAACUGGCAAAACGCUAUCCUGCAUAUGAAUUAUAUCUUUAUGGAGAAGGCUCCUAUGCUGAAGAACACAAAAUUCUCCCUUUGACUGGUAUCCCAGUUGUCUUUCUUCCUGGUAAUGCUGGAAGUUAUAAGCAAGUUCGUUCUGUUGGUUCUAUUGCACUUAGAAAAGCAGAAGACAUUGACUUCAGGUACCACUUUGACUUCUUUAGUGUGAAUUUCAAUGAAGAACUGGUGGCACUGUAUGGUGGAAGUCUUCAGAAACAGACCAAGUUUGUACAUGAAUGCAUUAAAACAAUUCUCAAACUCUAUAAGGGUCAAGAAUUUGCUCCAAAAAGUGUGGCAAUAAUUGGUCAUUCUAUGGGUGGCCUUGUUGCAAGAGCAUUGCUUACAUUGAAAAAUUUUAAACAAGAUCUGAUAAAUCUUCUUAUCACACAAGCCACCCCUCAUGUUGCUCCUGUGAUGCCAUUAGAUCGUUUCAUAACCGAUUUUUAUAUGACUGUAAACAACUAUUGGAUUCUAAAUGCUAGACACAUAAAUUUAACCACACUUUCUGUAGCUGGAGGAUUCCGGGAUUACCAAGUUCGUUCAGGACUGACUUUUCUACCAAAAUUAAGCCAUCAUACCAGUGCCUUAUCCGUUGUGAGUUCAGCAGUGCCUAAGACCUGGGUCUCAACAGACCACCUUUCCAUUGUAUGGUGUAAACAAUUGCAGUUGACUACAAUUCGAGCAUUCUUUGAUCUUAUUGAUGCUGAUACUAAACAAAUAACUCAAAAUCCCAAGAAGAAAUUGUCAGUUUUGAAUCACCACUUUAUAAGACACCCAGCAAAACACUUUGAGGAAAAUCCAGCAAUAAUUUCUGACUUAACAGGGACAUCUAUGUGGGUUCCAGUGAAAGUGUCCAAGUGGACCUAUGUGGCUUACAAUGAAUCUGAUAAGAUAUAUUUUACAUUUCCUCUUGCAAAUCAUAGAAAAAUCUACACUCAUGUCUAUUGUCAGAGCACCAUGCUGGAUACAAAUAGUUGGAUUUUUGGCUGCAUAAACAGCACUUCUAUGUGCCGGCAGGGAAUUGAUUUAUCAUGGAAAGCUGAACUACUGCCAACAAUUAAGUCUCUGAUGUUAAGACUUCAAGACUAUCCAUCUUUGUCUCAUCUUGUUGUUUAUGUACCAUCUAUUCAUGGAAGUAAGUUUGUUGUAGAUUGUGAAUUCUUUAAAAAAGAGACAAGAUCCAUUCAGCUUCCUGUAACUCAUCUUUUUUCCUUUGGACUGUCUUCAAGGAAAGUGAUAUUAAAUACAAGUGGCCUGUUUUAUAAUAUAGAACUUCUAAACUUUGGACAGAUAUACCAGGCUUUUAAAAUCAACGUAGUAAGCAAGUGCUCAGGAGUCAAAGAAGAAAUAACUAGUAUCUAUAAACUUCAUAUUCCUUGGUCUUACGAAGAUUCACUAACUAUUGCACAGGUACCAUCUUCCACAGAAAUUUCUCUGAAACUCCAUAUUGCUCAACCAGAAAAUGACAGCCAUGUAGCAUUAUUAAAAAUGUAUACAUCUUCAGACUGUCAGUAUGAAGUGACAGUUAAGACUUCCUUUUCACAAAUACUUGGACAGGUAGUUAGAUUUCAUGGUGGAGCUCUUCCUGCUUAUGUUACAUCUAGUAUCCUUCUUGCUUAUGGAGGACAGUUAUACUCUCUUUUCUCAACAGGUCAUUGCUUAGAAUAUACUAUUAUGUUGGAUAAAGAAGCCAAGCCAUACAAAGUUGAUCCUUUUGUAAUUAUGAUUAAGUUUCUGUUGGGAUAUAACUGGUUUAAGGAAUUAUGGGAUGUGUUAAUGUUACCAGAAUUAGAUGCCAUCGUUUUAACUAGUCAGAGUAUGUGUUUCCCCCUUGUAUCCUUGAUUCUCUUUCUGUUUGGAACAUGUACUGCCUACUGGGGUGGCCUACUUUCUUCUACAUCUGUGAGACUCCUUUCUUCAUUGUGGCUAGCUUUGAAAAGGCCCUCUGAACUUCCUAAAGAUAUCAAGAUGAUAUCAGUAGAUUUGCCCUUUCUGACAAUUGUUUUGAUCAUCGUUAGUUGGACAACUUGUGGAGCAUUUGCCAUACUGCUUACUUAUCUUUAUUAUGUGUUUAAGAUUGUUCAUCUGCAAGCCAGCCUAACAGCUUACAAAAAUAGCCAGACCGUGAAUCCUAAACACUCUAGAAGAAGUGAAAAAAAAUCAAAUCACCAUAAAGACUCUACAGUACACCAUCUUCGUUUAUCUGCCAGUGAUGCUGAAGAUAGUCUUCGCAUGCACAGUACUGUGAUUAACUUAAUAACGUGGAUUGUAUUACUCAGCAUGCCGUCUUUAAUUUAUUGGUUAAAGAAUCUCAGGUAUUACUUUAAACUUAAUCCUGAUCCGUGUAAACCUUUGGCAUUUAUCCUUAUUCCAACUAUGGCAAUUCUUGGAAAUACUCAUACUGUUUCAAUAAAAUCCAGUAAAUUGUUGAAGAUUACUUCACAGUUUCCACUUCCUCUGGCUGUUGGUGUAAUUGCUUUUGGGUCAGCACAUUUAUACAGGGUUCCAUGCUUCGUUUUCAUUCCUCUUUUAUUCCAUGCAUUAUGCAACUUUAUGUAAGACUGGAUUUAAGGAAUGAUAAAAAUAAUUUAUACCUUUUAGGGUCAGUAAUAAGAGGGAAUGCACAGAUUCAUCAAUGUGGACAGCAAGAUCCUUUGGAGAAGACCAGUCUAUUUUUACAAUAUUGAAAAUGGGAAAUUAGUUUUAUAAUGCUUGAGAAAAGUAGUUGAAGCAUGGUUUUGUUUUGUGGUAUGGCAUCUAUGUAUUAGUCAUUUUUGAAAAAUUAGUAAAAGGGUCUGGUGGCCACUGUGUUUGAGGACUUCUGCAUAUCAGCUAUUCUGCUUGAUUGGCCAUACUGGAGAUCUUCUAAAUACUCAGUAAAUGUAGCGUUGCUUGUAAUCUCAACUCAAGCAUUCUGCUCAUUUCAUCAAACUUUCUUCUGAUAAGUCGGUUACUUUGUAUUUGCUACAGCAUGCAUAUUGAGAAAUCAGUCUUAAAAGAUGAAUGAAAAAGAAAAAGAUCAAUGAAAUUCACAACUGUUUGGUUUCUCAAAAAUUAAAGAAUCUCAAAGAGUCUUUGGUCAGUUUUUGGCAGCCACAGUGAACAAGGCGGAUCUUUUGUUUUACAUCUAUGAAAAUACAACUUUUAAUUUUAAGGAGACAUGUUUUCUUGAUAACCAAUGGAAAAUUGAACAUAAUUUAAACUCAAAACUCAAAAUUUUCUCACUACUUUUCAAAUACAGAUCUUAUUUUGUAUUCUUGGUGAAUAUCAGGAGACUAUUAAAGAAAUCUCUUGUUAAAUUUAAAGAAAAUUGUCCCAGAUAUUUACUUACUGGUGUUGGAGAAGUACAGUUGUUCAAUAUAUACCAUUUUAUUUAAUUCAUUGACCCCAUGGUUGCCAAAAGUGCCUCAGAUCAUGAUGGAUUUUUAAAAUAACUAAAUUCCAGUGGUCAGCAAAAACUCUAGGUUUGCACAGUUUUUGUCUACUGUAGAAAAAAAUGUCAGCAUGAUCAAGUGGUGUACCACAUUUGAUAUGUAAAAUUAUGCUAUUAAUAGAAUAACCGUUACCCAUUAAUAGCAUAAGUAUAAACAGUAUAUUUAAAUAAAUUGGAGGUUUUCGCCACUAGUUUUAACAAUGGCAUCUUAAUUUGCCAAAGUGAUUACCUUGGUUUGACAGAAAAGAAUAAUACUUCUAUUUCAUUUCAGACUUCAGCUCACUUUUAGCUACAGAAGAGUAGGUAAUGGAGCUAGGUAUCUUUGCCUUAAGAUAGAAUAAACUCAGGCUGAGGUAUACUUGGCUCAUGGAGCCCUUCCUUUAGAUGUGUAUGCUCCAUAUACCCAAAACCGUUCAAGUAAAGCCUUUAAAUCCCAGUAAUACUUGUGAACUUUUGUCCUUGUUAGUACCUAGGAAUGUCCUAGAGUACCUAAUUCAUUUUGUCAGCAAUUGCAUCUGGAUUCCAUUUCAACCUCUCAGCUGUUACUGCCUGUGGAGGGUUACCUCACUUCACUUCUCAGUUAUUCCUCAGGUCCUUGCUGUUUUGGCAUCAGUUGAACAGGAUCUCAGUAUCUUCUGUGAGGGUUAUAAGUUUGUAUGAUUCCAUUGUUGUCUCUCCCAACUUCAUGCCUAUUGUUCAGUAUUUAUAUUUCACUUAUGGAGAUCAUUAAAGGGAAGCAUAACCUCAUAGUAGACAUGGCUGACAUUUCAGGCUCUCAUUUGAGAGAGGUAGCACAAGGAUAAAAUACAAAAUGCUUGUUUGUUCAGUAUCUGAAAGGAAAGAGAGUUUAUUAUACACUUAUCCCAUGGCAUACCACGUGUAUAUUUAAAUAAGGACAUAACUGCUUAUGUUUACCUAUUCAUAUAUUCAUAAAUAAGUUUUAUAUACAUUUGUAUUGUUAUUUUUUUCUCUGAUAUUAUCAUAUUUUUACAUUACAGGUUAAACGUGUCAUUUAACUAUUUCUGAAUUUAAACUUAUGUUUAUAUACAGAAAGAACUUUAGAAAAUUCAUUAAUUUGUAUCUUCAGUUGACAGCCACAGUCAUUGAGUUUAUAUGAUUUAAAGUCUUCUUGUUCAGUCAGUACUGCUCAUGAAUAAAAUGUAAGAAGGUUAAAUUUCUCAUUUGUGAGUAGGAGAUUAACUUUUUAAACAGCAGACUAGGCACACUAAUUCUCACUAAACAAUUUUCAUGUGAGUGUAGUUAUCAAGUCCUAAAGUCUUAUUUAUUCCAACAGAAUAUUUCAUUUUAGGGCUAUAAAAAGGAUUCUGAUUAUUUUUAUAAACAACAGUAGGUUGGGUCUUUAGCCAUUACACACACAGACACACAAACACGCACACACACACUUUGACAGGGUGUUUAUCAAAUCCUGAUGCAUGUUAACCCCAAAUAACUACCAGAGAUAAGUGGGCUCUGUCUGAAGAUAAGGGAAAUUGAUGUUUCUGUCACUUGGGGAACAAAUCUUUAAAUUAUACAUUGUUUCUACCAUGCUUACAACCUAUAUUAUUAGCUGGUAAAACAGUACAGCUUUUUUAGAAAUGUUACUAAAAAUGAAAUUGUUUAUUGGCAGUUACAGAUUAUUCAAUUCAGGAAACUUCUGAGCUUGAGUGCUAUAACAUUUUUAUUUAGAAUUUGAAUUUAUAAGUUUUGUGUUACAAAAGUUACUCUUGGACUCUAUAACUAAAUCAAACAUAUAGAUCAAACAGAAAAAAUACUGAGUACUUUUAGUGUUUCUAAAGCCCCAGUUGGAGUUAUUAGUAUAAUUUGGAACUGAUAAUAUGGUAGAAAACAUUAACCUCUUUUUUCUGGAACUUUUUCAUACCAAAAAUUAAACAGGUUCUACUAACUCUUUUCUUGGUUGUCACCACAAUGAAAAUAUUUAAAAUAGUGGUCCCAAAAAGCCAUUCUUGCCUGGUUCACAUUGAUUUUGAGUUUCUUCAGUAUAUAUUGAUCAUGUAUUGAUUAAUCUUUAAUUUUUUUUUCAUAUUUUGGUCAGAUGAAUUCACAUGUGUCUAAUGGAAUACCUUUUCUUGAUUGAACUACACUAUGGUAUCUACAUGAUUAUACAGUAAAGAAAAAUAAAGAACUAUACUAGGCCUAGUAAAUGUUUGUUGUUGAUUAUCCUAUCACUCGUGCAGACGGUACACAUUUCCACCACACACACAUACUUAAAUGAAGCAAAUUAUAUGAUUUGUUCAUUAUCUAGUGCUACACUUCUCCUAAUGCUUCAGCCUUGUCAUUCAUAGCAUAGUAUAUUUAUUUUACCUCACUGCUUAGUAGCUCCUCUUACACGUAGUGGCCAGGGGAAAUAAAAGGAGGGAAAAUGGAAGAAACACAAAGAUUAUGGGAUAAACUAGGACUUGAUUCCUGAAUCCCCAGAUAGUUAGCUGACCUGUAUUUUCCUUUUAGGCAUUAAGUCUAAAUUAGUGUAAUGUCUUCUUUAUUAGGAGGUUUAGUAUAAAUCUUUACAGUGCUGCACUUGCAAAUUUAGUAAACUAUUAUUAAAAUCAGUUGGGAAUUUUUUUUUAAAUAUGUUGUGACUUUAUAUGACUAGGCAUCUGUUAUUUUUUCAUCAUUACUUUUUGUUUUCUCAGUGUUACCUAUCAUAGGAAACUAGAUACCUUGUGAGGUUUUUCAGGGGGGAGUCAAUUUGAAGAACAUGACGCACUCCCAGGAAGUAUUAGUAUCUUUGUAUUAUGCGGGUCGCCUGGCUGGCUCAGUUGGUGGAGCAUGUGACUCUUGAUCUUGGAGUUGUGAGUUCAAGCCCCACACUGGGUGUGGAGAUUACUCAAAAAUAAAAUCUUAAAAAAAAAAAAAAAAAGGAAAGAAAAGACAAAAAGCUUCCUUGCCACACAAGGUAAAUAUAGAAGAUACUUUUACGAAAUAGAUGAUUAGGAGCUAAAAUUUUAUCUCACUCUUUUUGAACAAAGGACAGCAUUUCAAUGUUUGUGAUGAGCUUUUAUUUAUGCAUAACACACAUGCAUUCUUUCACAAUAAGUUUCAACAGCCUGAGGAAAUAGGAAGUCUGUGAGGCUACUUGUGUUCUUUACUUUUAAUAAGGAUGAUAGGAAAGAAAAGUCAGGUCAGUAAUCCCAAUCUGAAUAUGUGUACUGUAAAUGUUUAAGAAUUCACAUUUUUGUGAUAAAUUAUAUUAUGAAUAUAGAAGACUGAAUUUUGUAUAUUAGCAUUUUUAAGAACAGAAUAAAGUUUGGAAAUAGUGAGAAUAGACUAAUUUAUUUCAUUAAUAGUUUAAAUGUAACAGUACACCUGAAUCAAUAAUAUAUGUCUUUCAAAAGUUAAAUGAUAUUCUAAGCUACAUCUUGAUUACAUUGUCUGUGGUUGAAAAUUUUAAGUCAAGUACAGGACUUUCUAAAAGUGUUUGGCAUGUUAUGCUGCCAAAAAUGACUAUGGUUUGAAAUGUCAAGUAACCAGUCAAUUUCUGAUGACUUUGUAUAGUACUUGAUAUAUAUGAAUCAAAAUUAUUCUGUAUCGAUUCUAUACAUUGUAACUUAGAAUACUUGUAAAAAACUGUAUUUUUUAUUGUAUUUUGGUUAGUGUAAAUUUGUUUGCAUAUUUGAAUUUUAAUCUUAAUUUAGGAAGGCUAAAAAGUAGCCAGUUUUGUAAAGUUCAUAUACUAUUUUUUAAUGUUAUUUUUGUUUUUAGUAUUUGUAUUCAAGUAAUGUUAUUAGUAAAAGAUUUAUAGACAAAGCAUAGAACUGUUAACUGUUCAUAAGCCGAAAUUAUAGGCAUAUUUUGUAUUUCAUGUUGCACUUGUUUCAUAUUGGACUUUUUACAUCCCUUUUACAGGGGAAAAAAACACAUUUAAAUUUGUUUAGCAUAAACCUCUGCAUUGAAAACUAUAACUGUAUUCAUAUGGUUAGCAAAACACACUUUGCCACCAAAGCUAAAUGAAACUGUAAAAUACCUCGAGAUAUUUGUGCCAAUGAAUUUUUCUUAACAUAUUGAGAUUAAAGUAAGAAAUAUUUUCAGUAUUUUUCAUCUGGGGCUUAGUAUUAAAUAUAUAAAUCAUCAAAACUUAAAUUCCAUACCCAAAUUUUUCUUUGAAUAUAUAUAAUAUACCAUAGUAUAUUCUAUUUUAUCUGAAUUAUGGAAUAAUAAUGUUCUCUGAUUUUAUUGGGUUUAAAAGUUAAUUUACUCAAUAAUGAUCUUUGUUAAUUAAGUAAUCUUUCAUUCAUCACAGAUUCAUUCUGUUGUGUAAAACUUUAAAUUUUGUUGUACAGAUUAUUUUUAGUACAGGUGUCUCUCAUUUACUAUGGAAUUUGUUUUGUUUUCUAUGUAUUUCCAUUCAGUCCCUUUAUAAAUCACGUUUCAAAGGGGAAAAAUAUCUGCUGGAUCCUAACAGUACAAUGAAAUACAUUUUAAAAUGCAUAUUUUAACAGAAAACAUAAACAAUGGUGUUAAUGCUGAAGUGUUAACAUUGAUGGGUGGUAUACUCAUGAUAGAGAAGUAGAAAAAUGAUAGACUCGCAAACAUAUUUAUCUGAUUGGAAUUCUUUAAUUUCUCCCCUAUAGAAAUUCUCAAAGGGAAUUUCAGUCCCUCAUAUAGUUUUCCCCAUCAGUUAAUGUCACUUAUUGUUUCUCUGUCUAGUAAAGUUGAUGCAGUUUGCAAAAGUAGCCUUCCAAAUAAAGAGGCAAGAAAAAACCAAAUAUUAAACUGUUUGGCCUUGAUUUAGUGAUAGUUCAUCCAGUUAACUGGUAGUGACUGGAAAUUAGUAAAAAGAUAAUGUACAAGACCUAAAAAGUCAGUUAACAUUGUUUUUUGGAAUGAGUUUUUCCUUUGUGUUAAAUAAUUUUAUCCUACAUAGGAGGUACCUGUAUUUUAAUAUAACCAUGUUGUCUAUAUAAAUAUGUAUUUGUUGAAAUGUUCGUAGAAAUAACCUCUUCCUCCACUAUAGAGGGGAAAAAAUAUCUCCCAAUUUUUAGUGUAUGUGAUUUAGGAAAUUGUAUUGUGUACUUACGCUUUUUAAAAUGUAAAAAUGACUUUAUAUAUUAUUUUGAAGUGAUUGUAUUAGUUUCUUAAACUUAUGACUAAAUGUAGCAACAUACCCAUGAGAAACCAGACCAAAAUUGAAUGCAUAUGAUCACUGUGACCUUGAACUUAUAAUAGUUGUUAGGAUAAAACAGACUGUGCCUUAAAAUGAAGGAAUGCCCUGCAGUUUUAUAACUGUAUAUUUUAAUAUGGGUGGUCUUCUCAAAUGGCCCCCAAUUUUUUUCUCUGAGGUUGAUGAAGUAAAAUUUUUAAAGUUGACCAGUAUUUCUUUUUUUUGCUCUAGAGGCUUCCCUUAAUUUCUGGAGUUCUCAUUUUGAGUUAAAAUUGACUUCUACUUCGUAGAUGUAGAAAAGUAAGUUUGGCUAAAGUUUCUGAAAAUAAAUUUAUUUUAGGAAAAGGUGGUGGCACUUCUGUUUUGCACUUAUUUACACAUGGAAAAAUCUUCAAAUAUCAUUUUUUGUCUUUUAAUAAUCUGUCAAAGACAUGAAUUCUUCCCUAAGACCUAUACUUAUUUUUCCUCAGAUUAUUGAGGCUCGUAUUUGAAUAUCAAAGUUAGUUUACCCAAUAAUGAUUUUUCAGUAAUUAAACUCAGAUUUUAAACAUUAUUUUCCCCUUUUUCUCUUUUUCCUUCCCAGUAAUUAUUUUUAAGAUAGCAGAGAACUGGUUUCAGUUGUUAUUGGGGUUUUUUUGAUGUAAAGACUUGUAUUUUUACUGUGCUUAUUUAAAAAUAAUAUAAUUUCUUUUAAGACAAAUUAUUCAAAUCAUAGGACAUCAUGGUCUCUGCUAAAGGUGCCCACAUCUCUGUGUACUCAGAAUUUGUUGUAUAUUUUUCAGUUUUGAACAUAAACCCAACAUAUUUCUUCUUCCCAUUUCACCUCCACUACCUCCCCUCAAAGACAAAAAUCUUGGUUUCUCUAAAAAUAAGUAGAAAGAAAACAUGUCUUUCCUUAAAACAUGUGAAAAUUGAGAUGGAAAUAGUUUAGGCAAGGAAAUGUAAUAAAAUACAUGCUGUCAACCUGCAUCCAUUUUCAUAGUUAAAAGUUUAUAAAGGACAAACUAUGUAUUAUGCUGAAAUAAACUCAGUAAUCCUUUAUUUGCAAAUUGAUAUUUUUGUUCAGAUCCAGAAAAUGCAGUGCAUAGUAACAAUACUUAGUGCAAGGGAGCUUGUCCUGUAGCAUAUACUGAAAAAUGAUUGUCACCUUGCAGAUUUUUCCAUUUAAAUAUGCAUGAUUUUCCUCCAGUACUUUGUAUAAUAUAUAGUGUAUGAAAUACACAUGUGUGAUUUUGUGUGAAUUUUUUAUGUAAGUAACAUUAUUACGUUUAACUGGUUGUAAUUCACAGAAAGUGCUAUUAUACUCUAGAGUGUUGUGUAUGUUUUUAUCUGUUUCAGCGUUUUGGGGUGGGGUUUCAAAAAUGAAUAUUUGCCUUCAGUCUUUGCUCAGGUAUUAAUGUGUAGCGAUUUUUGGUGCUUUCUUUUUGAUCUGUCGUAAUCCGGUGUUCUGAAUGUUCAACAAUAAAUGGUGAACAAGA